AAUAUUGAAAAUAAAAAGACCGUACACAACACCUACGAAGACGAGUUCGAUGAAUAUGGAAAUUUUCAAGAAAAACCUGUGCUUUCAAAAUACAAUGAAGAGGUCGCCAGUUCAUUUAAAAUCGGUUACGAUAACGGCGUUCAGCGAAAGCAAGCAGCCAUGGAAACGUUGAAAGCUAAACUAAACAAAAAUAAACUGGAAAGUAUUGCAGAUAAAAAUCUGACCUUAGUUUCGGAUUAUUACAAUGAAGAAGAAUUGGCCAAGUUCAAGAAACCGAAGAAAAAGAAAGUCAGGAGUAUAAGAUCUAAAGGAAAGCUCCUCACUAUGAACGAAAUAAAACCUGACAAUGCGGGUAUUGAGGCCAUAGGAUCUAGAAGACCAAAAAUCAAGAACGAGACCGACUAUGACAUAGACGACUUACCAGCAGUGAACAUUCCUACCGAUAUCAAACUGGAAGAAGAAAACGACUCUCUCUUGGAGAGAGCCUUACACAAUAUGCGAAGGAAAAAACAAAAAGAAGACGUUAUUGCUGAUAUAAUCAAAACAGAAGUUAAGACGGAACCUGAAGAGGAAAAUGUUGAUGGAGGAACUAUUGUUUUGAAUGCAACAGCGGAGUUUUGCAGAACUUUAG